ACAAUUUUUACGAGUUCGGGAUUGAAUCUAUCCCAGGACUGCACGCCCUCUAUCCUCCCUACUCUUCACCUUCAACGCCUCGCCUCUCUCCUUUCACCGGUCACCGGGCAUCCUAGUUCCUUUACCUUUUCAUGAUACCCAUUGGUGCUAGUUCAGAUAAGUACUUCUUUCUUGCUCCUUUUCACUGUUUCCUUUGUUAUCCUGAUCUGUCCACUCGAGAUCACUACUCUCUGUAUGUUCCCUCUGAGCCUCAUCUGCCUCCAAGAUCCUGUCAUGCUGGCUAUCUUGUACGCCGCGUUAGACCCUCGGCCAUCAGUGCACUACUCUUUUCCUUCUCUGGCUCAUAUACUUGUACAUUAUUACUCGGAAAUGGGAUAUAUCGGCGUUUUAUCUUCAUAUUGUUUAGAGUUUAAUUGCAAUAAUAUACUACCUGUCCUGGUUCAUAGUAUUCAUAAUAUCUCUUCACUUAGUACUCGUCCUAGGUUAUAACAUAUACUACUUAGUAGUGUGUAUAUAUAUAUAUCAGUAUGUGUAGUC